CUGCAGUGUCUCACCUGCACAGAUCAGUCUUGUUCUAACACAGCAUCACUAACAUGUAGCUCAGAGACGAUGUGCAUAACGGCUAACAUCAAAGCAACCCAAGGUGGAGCUUCAGGAACACAAAUUUUCAAAGCCUGUGCAUCAUCCUCAUUGUGUCCGGCCACAGGCAGUGCGACAUUUUCAGUCAACUUGGGUUCCCAAAGCGCACUUGCUUCUGCUCAGUGCUGCAACACUGAUGACUGCAACUCACAAACUCUGCCUUCCCCUCCUGCUCAGACACCUAACUCCCUUCAGUGCAUCGUUUGUGAUCCCACCACUUCACAGUGCGCCACCCCAAUAACAUGUUCAGGAGAAGAGAGCAACUGCAUCACAGCAACUGUCAAGACCGGAGACACAACAAUUCCAGUACUGGGCUGUGCAACCCCAAACACAUGUGCAGCUGCUUCAAGUCUGGGUAGUUUACCUUUCAUGCAGAGUGUUGGUUCAGUCACCAGCGGACCCACCUGCUGUACAACAAGUUUGUGCAAUGAUCCAAGAACGACAACUACUACUACAACCACCACCACCACAACUACACCGACCCCUACAACUACUACAACCACCACAACUACACCGACCCCUACAACAAGUGACGCAUCUAGCUUCAGGCUUGACCUUCUUCACCUGCUGCUUGGAUUUUUUAUCUUUGUCAUUUAACUGGUUAAAGAGAGAUCAGAUAUGUCAUAUCUGUGCAAGAUUUAGAAGAUUAUUUAAACACUUUCCAUUUGGAAUUGAGGAAAAUUAAAAAGAGGGUGUAACUUUACUUUACAUGUAUGUGGCUGAAUUGUAUUUAAGGAUUAAUUUUAUUUUCUC